AUGGGCAGAGAUGGCAGUGAUCCUAUUGCUGUUCAUUCCUCCAUUGCUCUAUUGCAGGAGAGGUUCAGACAGCUGCAAAGAGUGAAGGAGAUGAGAGAAGAGAAGGAGCUCCAAAGGAUGCUCACUGAGCCGCCACCGAACAAGCUCUUCAACCCCGCAUCAUCGCCGAACUAUGAGCCCUUCAAGUUCUUCUUCCAACCCGACUUCGGUCUUCCUCUCAGCACCACUUCGCCUCCUCCGCAGCUCUCUCUUUCCCUCUGGCCUUGUCCGCAGAGUAACAUUAGUCCUUCGUGUUUUAGUUCAAUGGAUAAUCCGAUGUUCGUCAGUUCCCAGUUUUCUCAGACCCGAUCUUUGAGGGCUAAUUUGUCCGACAAGUCCGAGGAUUUUGAUGAUGAUGUUGACACUUCUCUUCAUCUGUAA